AUGGCACCGAGAAGGAAAGGCGCACGAGCUUCUACAAAAACUAGGAAUGGAGACAAUGAGGGAACUCCAACUGAUGAGCUCUCCAACGAUUCAAGUGAGAGAAGGUAUGAAAUCAACGAUUAAUAAUUGUAAAACCCUGAUUUUUCAAAGCUCCGCCAGCAAAUCGAGAGAACCGAGUUCGGAUAAGGAAGAAGACACACCCAAGUCCCCGGGUUUGAUUAAGAACGAGGAUAGCGAGGAGGUGGAGGAGGAAAAUGAAGAAACGAGCAGUGACGAAGACGCCGAACCGGUGAGUCUUUUUACUGACGAAACGAAUUCGAGUCAUCCCAACAGAUCGUUCUGAAUGUGACUCAACGCGAGAAAAGAGCAACCGCCGGUAACAAAAUGGCUGCAUUGUUAGCCUCUGCGGAUCACGAAGAUGAAUUUUAUAAAACGGCAUACGGAGGCUUUGAAGAGGUAGGUUUUAUUCUAAAACCGGCGCCGCUAUAUCUACCGGAGGGUGCAUUAGAGUUUUCUAGUAAUUCAAGCGAUUUCACGACGUUUGAAUUUCAGCCACAAAACCGCAGUAGCAGCCUGCCGGAAUCGAACCAACGAGCUUAGAUUCGCAGCAGCGCGCGUUACCAAUACUCCACACAGGUGAAAUGCGGUUUAGCAAUUAUACAAUUGCGCUAAUUCUAGACAAAUUCUCGGCAAAUCUAUACAAAAAUUACCAAAUAUUUGUUCGGGAUUUGUCUAGAAUUAGUUUAAUUGCUAAACCGCAUUUCACCUGUGACAAACCAACGUGGGUGAAAUGAGGGCGAGGCGUGGGCAAACGGGCGGGAGGCCGAAAUCAUACCCUUAUUUGGCCCACAUUCAAUUUAAAGUUUGAAUGUGAAUUUGAACGCGUCGGCGCCUUUUUUUCCUGAGUAGGUGAAAAAAAUCGCGUCAAGCCGUACGCCUCUCUGGACAAAAACCCUUUUGCACCCUUCGGUAGAUUCAUGGGCCACGUCUCCAUUAUUUUUACUGUAGAACAACGAAGUGGACAAAGAGUACAAAUCUCCGCAACAUUCGGACGAUGAUCAGGUUGACUCGGACUUUGAUAAGUCCGAGGAAGAAGAUGAACCGGUCAGUGGUGGCGAAGAGGACGGAAAACCACGCAGGAAGAAGAAGAAGUUCAACGUGAGUGUGUUUCCCUCUGAAAGGGAACUCUAUCAUUGCGAAGGGAAGUUUUGCAGGAGCCGAAACGUGGAAUCACAGCCGACGAUAUUCUGGCAAAAAACAAGAAGUGGGCAAUGGCUCGGCUGGCUGGAAAUAUGGUAGCGGCUAAUACGGUAGAUGACAAGACACAGGCCGAAAUGCUGAGAGAGGCCGAAGAGACGGCGAAGGUGAACAUUGAAUCGCUGAAAAAAUAUGAAGCGUUCGAGUUGGAAAGGAAGAAGAAAAGAGAGAAGAACACGGCGAGGGUGUUCCCGCCAGGACCGAGGGAGCAGAUCAAGAUGACAUCCAGUGGCACGACUGUGACUAUUCGCACGGAGAUCAAGGUUUGUGUUCCUUCAACUAUUUUGAGCUGGAUAAUGCAUCCCUUCGGUUCCCCAGUUCGUUCAUAAUUGACCGCUGAAAGCUGUCCUGCUUCCUAUUUCCAUUAAAUUUCAAUUUUCUCCAUUCGGAUCUAUUAAACGUAACAAUGGAAGUGAAUUUGUUCUGCGCUUGUUAAUGUGCUCCUCCCAUUUGUUGUCAUGACAUCCUUUGCUCCGUCUACCUCAUCUCUCCUAUAUUUUCAUUAUGCUCCUUUCCUUUCCAAGGACAGGACAUAUUUUAUUGAUGCGCUACCCCUCAAACAGAAAAAGACGAGUCAGAAGAAGGAGAAGAAGAAGAGGCGGGAAAUGCCCGUUUUCCGGGGAUUUCGUCGGAUAAUCGACCCGCUGGCAGAAGUACCCGCCACAUGUCCUUGAGCCGUUUUCCCGCUUGAGAAGCCCAUUCCGGGAGCCUCUUUUGUUCUUUCUAUCUUCUUUUUAUCCACUUUAUCUUCUGUGGACAUUUCCUGAGCACGAACAUCAUCGUGCCACCGUCUACUAAUCCCUUCUUACGAAACUACUCUGUUUGUUGUGGCUGUUUUUUCUGCGAUACUGCUCCGUGUCUACGUUUAUCUGAUUCCAUGUUUUUUCUCCGCCGUCGAUGUCGUCUUCGUCGUCGUCACAAACUUUUUUCUGUGCGCCGUCGAAAUUGCAUCUCAUUUCGGCAGAGUACUCGUCGCUUUUCUGGAGCCAAACGAAGAAGAAAUUGCAAGGGGCUAGUGGUGCCCUCCUUUUUCAUUGCCGAAAAAGAGAAAUUCCAACCAAAAUGUUCUGAGACUGAGUUUGGGUUGAUUUUGUCGUUGUAAAAGGAGGCCGUCGACGACAACUCGUGUCUGCCAGUCGGCGUCUCUCCCUCUGGAGUUGCCGCGCACACGACGAAGCCUGGAGCUGGAGCUGGUGCUCCUUUUUCUCCGAGAGAAGGAGCAGCAGCAGUCGGCAGAGCAGUAGUAGUAGGCAGUUGGGGCUGGCUGCCACUGGUUGCUGUGCUGUUGGCUGCUCGACGAGCACAAGCCUCUGCCCUCCCCCUCGUUGAGCAGCCCGUGCUCCUUUCCCGCGGACCUCCGUCUCCUGCUCCUCCUUCAGUGCUCUUUUCUCUUCUUCCCUCGCCACCAUCUCCGCCAUCCUGGGUUCCCCAUCUCCGCCACUUUCACUGCCUUUUGCACUUCCCAUCUAUAAUCUUUUGGGCUCUGCGUCUCCGAGGGUCCCUCGCCCAUGCAUUCUAUCUACGGAGAAUCUUCUAAGCCCAUUGACGUCGGAAGAAAAAGAAAGACGCCGGAGGCCUUCUUCUGCGCCGAGAACUUUGGAACUGACAACAAGAAAACAACCCGUGCCAUUCUUUGUUCAAGAAUUGAUUUUCAAAAAUCUUGAAGCCUGACGACGGGCUGUCUUCAUCUGUUCCUCCGCCUCCUGUCCCGGGCUCUCCCGCGCCCUUCGUCUGCUUCUUGUCUCUUCGUCUGCGUCUGCGUCUCCACCAGCUUUUUCUGGGCUCCGGCGGUUUCCGCUCUUGUGACGUCACCAACGAAGGCUCUGCCUGGGUUCAUUGGAGCGAACUUGGAUUGGAGAGUUGUGAAAUGCAGUUGCAGGAAGCUGUUAGAAGGCGUCCUCUUCUUUUCACACGUUUUUCUAUAAAAAGUACGUGUGAAGGCACUAAUGUGCGCAAAGGUUGAAAGUCAAAGCCAUCUCAAAAAAUUUAUCUCUCCAUUUUUCGUAAUUGGUUUGUUCUAGAAUCCUUCUCAUCCGUCAUAAUUUCUCAAAAAAUCGAGCAGACAUCUCAAGGUUAUGUUUUGUUAAGAAAACAUGGAAUGACCUUGUUAUUUCUCCAUGUGCAGGUUUUGUUUUCGUCAGAAUUCGAACGCGCCAGAAUAAAUAAUUGUAGAACUCACGGUGCACAUGUUCGCUCCACCCUUCCAAUCAGACAUAACUCUAUUUUGCCGACGUUCUUUUCCUCUCAUUUCAAACUCAUUUUCGUUUCUGUACCCGGUACGGACGGCACCGUGGCUGAGGUGGCAAUGUUUGCAGGGCUGCUGUUGCUGCUGUCGCGAGAAGCGAUUAGUGUAUUCGGGUUGUCGGUAGUAACAUCGGUCGUCGUUGUUGUCAGUACUUGUUUGCGUUUCAUAUCUCCUGCCUAGCCGAAAUUCGUAUUCCCCAAAGUUUCAAAAGUUCACAUUCGCGUGGACAUUCGGCUGUCGCCUUCCAAAUAAAUUUCCUGCAACCUUUGCGCGGCGUGAAAGUUGUCAAACUGGACCCACAAAGUGUACAUUUGGAGAGACCACUCGGGGAGAGCCCCUUUCUGCUGCUCCCCACGCCUUUCUCUUCUUCUUCUCUCCGCGGACGCUUCUUCUUCCAUCUUGUCGCCUCCUUCGGCCUUCUUCUUCAUUUUCAUUGCUUCUUUCUCCCUAUUUGCUCUUCUUUCUGUGUUUUUUUCUCGUUUAACUUAGCAGCUUUGCUCUCUAUUUUUUUCUCGAAUUCAUUUGAGCAGUACUGUAUUAUUCGUUUGCUUACUUUCGCUUGUGUUGCACACAAAUUGUUGGAAGAAGAAGAAGCGUGCGCACCGCCCGCCGCCUCUAUGUGUGUGUAACUGACUGACUGCGGGUUGCGGCUCGAAUUUCACGUGUUUGACCAUUUUGCCGUGCUCCCCGUGCUCCGCCCUUCCACUGGGAGCCCCAUCCUCCAUCCCGUCUUCUUCUUUUUCCUUCCAAAAAGGUUCUCUUUCUUAUCUAUCUGUCUCUUCGUCGUUUCCUGCUAAGCUGGGAGUAGUUUGUGAGCCCUUUGCUCCCGGAAUGUGUGUGCUUUUCCUCCUUCCCAUCCCCAAGUUCGAAACGAUCUCUGUUCUGUCAACGAGUGAGAAUAAAGGUCGAAAGUCCGUCGAACUACCUCCCCCCCCCCCAUCUUUUUCAUGUGCUCCGGCUCUUCUCAGCUCCCACCCAGAAACCAAUUUGACUCCGUUCAAUGCGAUGUCGCAUCCAUAUGGCUCCGAUUUGUAAACGAUUCCAUCGUGUAUACCACUCGAAUGAGCUCGUAACUCUCCACGGCAGCUUGUAUGGAGUCUGUUCAGGCCAUCAUCGAAAAAUUCGUUCUCAAUUUUCCGUUUUCUGUCUUUUCACCAGUUUUCUGUCAUCCUCUUCUGCCACUCCACUCGCAGAGAGCGGACCUCUAACUUUCACUUUCAAUCGGUCGCCUUCUUCCAAUUUCAUGUUUUUUGAAAGUGUCUCUCUCGCCCCCUUCUCGCUGUCUGUUUUCGGCUGGUACCCAUUUCCGCCCUCUUCGUCUCCGUGUGUGUCACCUUUUCGAGUUGUUUAGGUCAAAACAAGAUUUGAUUCUAUGCUCAUUUAGAAUUUGUUUACCAGGUACCUUCACUCCCGGGAAUAAUCGAUUAGUUGUUCGUAAUUGUUCACCCCUUCCAUACCAAUUUCAUGGCUUUUUAGUCGAGAAAGUUGAAAUCUGUGCUAUCAGAUGCACUUUAACGGCUAAUUGUUUGUUGAUUCUUUCUCUCCGCCGUCUCAAGCACACAUACACCUAGCAUCGCUUGCUUUGUUAUCAUUGUUUCUAUUUUAUCAAAUUAACGAGGAGAAGGGCGGCGGUCUGCUUGCACGCCCUUCAACUCCUCUAAAUUAGUUUUCGUUUCCUCCCCGAUUUUCGAGUUUUCAGCUUGAAUUCAGUCAGAUUUCCGCACAGAACUUUGGUUCGCGUAUCAUUAAAUCAUAGGAUGAUCAUCUAAUCCCAUUUUAAGACGAUCAAUUUUCUUGCACACCCCCAUUUUUAGACACGUUUGACUACGUAAUUACAGUUCCGCGUUGAGUAUUACGCACCACAAAUGAACACGAUUUUAUUCGAUAUGACAGUUAAAACUUCAAUAGUAGGAAAGGAUUGAUGCUGUGGCAGGCGAACUGGUCGAAAUGGAAGAGGACGAAAAAAAGAGAGAAAAACAGAAGGGUUACUGUGCCCGGUGGACCGUGAACGAUGAGGGAAAGGUCACUAGAAGGGCUCUCGUUCAGAGUGUAAACAAUAUUUACGAAAUGAAAAUUUAUGUAAAAAUAACGAUCAGCAUUGUUGUUCCGAUGAUUUACCACACUAGACUGCUUCCAAGUGUUCUGAGAACACUUUGAACGCCGCACACAAGUUCGAUAGAUGACCGUUCCCGUCUGAUUAAACCGGUCUGCUUCUUGAUUCGAAAUGACACGUGGCCAGCACGCCUCCCACUUCCGUCCAUCGUUGUUCGUGUGAUCAGGUUGAAAUGUUGAAAUCUGAAAUCUAUAAAUAGCAACAGGCGCGUCAUUCUCAUUGACGAAUGUACCCAAAGAAGCUUUCGUUUCUCUCCUUCUCUCCAACCCAAUUCCCGUGUGCUCCCGUGUCCGCACAGUUCUUCUUAGUUAGUAGCUAUUCCACCCCCUAUUUACUUUUCGAAAGAUCAAUGCAAAGCGUCCACUGACGUCACUUGUCCACAAAUCAAAAUGUGCGGAAGCUCGCAAUAGCCGUGAUUAGGAUUACGCCUUCAGCCCACGUCUCAUUCUCGCAGCUCACCAACCUGAAGUGAAAUCAUGCGCGCAGAGACCUUUCCAAAAGUUCAGUAGCUCAUUUUCGAUUCUCUCUUUGGCUGGGCCGAGUUACGGUCAAUCACCAUUUCGCAAAUACCAUUACUCCUGAACUUUCGUCAUUUCUCACUACUUUUGUAUCUCUUUGUGUCUCUCCCAGCGGUUUCCCCCUGACCGAUCACUGAUUCUUUACCAUUGUUCCGCAGCACCAUCUCCGAUUCUUCUCGUGUUUUGGCUGCUUUUCCCCGAUUCUAGAUUCUAUUUCCGGCCCGCCUACACAUGUUGCUGGAAUCUGUGUCAUUUUAGUUGUAUUCCAUCUUUUUCUGCAUAUGUUUCUCGGAAAUACUUCCCGGCAGUUCUAUCAAUAUUUAAGCGGAUAGGAGCUUUACUCUGCAUUUUUGGCAGUGCUUUUGAUAAACAAAAUUUAAGUGAAAAGCUAUCUUUUCUUCUCAAAUGAGUAGAUUUCUAUUUCUAGAAUUGAAGCGGAUGUCUAAAUGUUCAAUGAUACAGUAUCUCGACAUGAAAGCUCUUCCUUUUACAGUCACAUUCACAUCAUGCAUAUUCAAUAAAGCAUGGGAUUGUGGCCUUUGUUCAAACACAUCCUCCAACCAUUCAAAUAUAGUUUCCCUCCGUCCUAACAUCCCAGUCUUUCGUAAACGGCCUCUUCUCCUUUCUGCUCUCGUCCUUCACUGAAUCACUUACUUCGAAAUGUAUCAGUAGUUGAGUGCUCUCUCCAUCCCUCUGUCUUCCGUCCGCUUCUCCCCAGACACUCUUUCCCUCCUGUUCUCUCUAAUCUCUCGCGCUUCCCGUCCCGUUGACCGCUUACAUCGAUGCGGUCCGAGAGCCGCCAGACCGAAGGGAUGGACCCGACCGAGCGGUCGAAACUCGUACGCCGCUUCGUUAUCACCUUGUCUGCGACUCUCCGUUCGUCUCACUCUCUUGCCCUCCUGCGCAUUAUUCAUUCGUCGCUUUCGAGUCAUUCAUUCAAAAGUGUUAUUCAUGUCACUUUUUCCACAAAAAAGUAAAAGCAACCCGUCUGUCUCCAUCUUUCUCUCUCUCCCUCGUGCGCAUUCCUACAAUACACCAAUCACAUUAGAUUUAUUAUCACAAUCGUAAUUCAUUCAUUUCAGCAAUUCAAAUGCGAACGACCGCGAGAACGCAACGUCUGUGCAGUGACCGGUCGACCGGCUCGUUACUUCGAUCCAGUGACACGCCUGCCGUACUCGUCAGCCUACGCAUUCAAGGUUAUCCGGGAUAAAUACAAUAAGCAUCUGCGGACAAUACGAGGAAAUGAAGAGGUGAGCAUUUCGAUCUUCCCUACAAAGUUCGGUUGCUGAACGGGAGAAAACUUUCUAAGGAGCUCUCUAAACAGAAACAUUUGCAGAUAACCAGCUACCUGAACCGUCUGAAGGCUCUUCCGACGCCGCCGAUGUCUCCGAGACUGUCCUCCAGCCAGACUGGACCGGUCGCGAGCCCACCAAAGGCCGCAGCUGCCAUUCCGACGACGUCUUCUGGCGCGAAGCCGUAG